AUGUUGAAAGGUAGAUAUAACACUGGUGAUAUCAGCGAUGACGAUUAUGUAAGGGAACAGGAAAUCUCUUUAAAUUCAAGAACGACACAUGUCCGCUAUGAAUCGAGUAAUAUUGUUAAAGGAAUUGACAAUGAUAUUAAAAAAAAAAUAGAAGAAGGAAAAAUAUAUAUGACUAAUAUAAGUCCUACAAAAAAUGCAGAAAUUGAAGAAGCAUUUUUAAAAAGCUUAUAUAACUCUAAAAAUGCUAAUAAUAAAAAUAAUGAAAAAAAAAAUAAAUCUCUAAAUAAAGACAAGUUAAAAAAUAAAAAAAUAAAUGAACAUAAUGAAGCACGUAAAAGCCAGACUAUAAAAAAUGAUUUCCCUAAAAGGGAAGAACCAAAAGUCGAAGAAAAUGCAAACAAAGGCUAUAUAGAAAAUGUACAAAGUGCAGAGCGUGUUGAAAAUUUACGAAAUAGUGAGCGUGGUGAAAAUAUGGAAAAGAAUAAGAUGAUAGAGGUAUACGAUUCAGAAACCCCUUCGGAUUCUUAUCCUGCACCCCAAAAUAAAAUUAUAAAUACAAUUUUUAAUAAAAAAAAUAUAGAUACAAUAUUUGAUAUUAAUUCAUAUUCGAAUAUGUUUGAAAGAGAAACAAUUAAAUAUAUAAAAGAAAAAGAACGUAAGCUACGAAAGAAAAGAGCCCAUGCCAAUUUAGAGGCAUUAAGAUUACAAUAUAUACCAAUAAGCAAUGAUAAAUUUGCAACUAUACCAAUUAGUAUAAGAGAAAAUAUAUUAGCAUUAUUUGCAUGUAUAAUAAUAAAACAUAUUGAUUCAUUUGAUGAUCAAGACAUACAAAAAGAUAUAGAACAAUUAUCUAUAAAAUUUUUAAAACAAAUGUCUAAUUUACUUCAAGUAGAUCCAUUAGCUUAUCAAUGUAUUAUAAAACCUUUUGAGCAACGAGAAAUAAUAAUGGAAGUUACAGGAAAUAAAAAAAUAUAUCAACUAUAUGAAAAACCAUUCGUUGAUAAUUUAUUAAAAGAAAUAAAAGAAUUACAACCUGAUAUAAAUCGUAGAUUUAAAAAUGUAGUCGAUGAACUAACUAAUGAAAUGGACUUUUGGCAAAAUGAUGAUUUAGUAGUAAAUUCUUCUAUUCCUUCGAAGCAAUAUAAUAAUAUAAUGGAUGGGAAUGAAGAUAUACGAAAUUUUUAUGGAAGCCAUAUGUUUGAAAAUCGAACACAUAGUGAUUGUAAUAGUGAUUAUUGUAGUAAUGAUAGUAAUACAGAUAAUAUGUUUUGUAAAUAUUAUAAUAACGAUUCUGAUUAUUUAGUUGGAAGUUUUAUAAAAAGAGAAAUAGAUGAAUCUUAUAGUGGUGAAGAAAUUAAUGACUAUUUUUCACUACCAACAAAUACUAAUGAAAAAAAUGAUAACACAAAUAACCAUAAAAAUGUUGAUGAUUAUAUUGCCAAAGAAUAUAAUUCUAGUAAUAAAUAUACUGAACCUAUGAAUAAUAUUAAACACCAAAAAAAUAAUUAUUAUGAUAAAGUAAAUCAGACUAAUGAAGAUACAGAUGAACUUAGUUUUGAUUUGAAUAGUAAAAACACUUUUGAUGAUGAUAACGAAAAAUCAGAUAGUUCAUUUAAUAACUAUAUGGUGGAAAAUCACAAGAAAAACAUGACUAGCCAAGUUGAAAUACCAAGGCUUUAUUCUUCAAGUAAAGAAUCUAAACAUUCCAAAGAAAUAAAACCACCCACAAGCAGAUGCAACUCGGCAAGCAUACCUGAUUCUGUGAAAGGAAGCGGCAUUGUGGAGAACUAUAAUCGAGCAACCAGUAAAGGGUCAGAAUAUAAUCGAGCAGAUAGUAAGAGCUUCGGAUAUAAGCGAGCAACUAGCAAAGGGUCGGAAUAUAAAAACAUAACCGAUGAAAACAAUUUGAAUAAGAGUGAUGAUGAUAUUUGUUUUGGUGAUCAAGAAAGAGACGAUUUUUUAUGGGAUCAAAAUGAAGAGAUAACAAGUAUAAAUGAAAAUAUAAUAGAUAAAGACGAUAUAAGCAGUAAUAUAAAACAAGAAAUAUAUAAUAGUAAUAUAAUAGAUAAUGAUGAUAUUAUAGGAAUAAAAGAAAGAGAAGAUAGUAAUGUAUUAAACAUUCCAAAAUUAAAUACAAAACAAUCUAAUAGUAGUGUAGAAACAAUAGGAGAUUUAUAUGAAAAUGAUACAAACCAUCAAUCUAAUUAUGGGGUUCCAACAAAAGGGCCUGAAGCCAAAUCUGUUAUUUUACGAGAUUUAAUUACAACAUAUAUUAUGACUGGAAAUCAUAAUGCAAGAAUACAAUUAUAUUUCCAUAGGUUUGCAAAAUGUUUAAAAAUUAAUGAAUUAUUAAUUUUAAGGAUUGAAGAAAAUUUAGCUUCUGAUUUAAUAAAUGCAUUACAACCAUCUACAAAUGAAUCUACAAAAAAUAAACAUAUUCGAAGAAUAAAAAUAGCAGCAGCAGCAUUAGGAGGUGGUGCAUUAGUGGCUUUUACAGCGGGUUUAGCUGCUCCUGGUAUUGUAGCGGGUCUAAUUGCACUCGGUGCAGGAGGAAGUGGAGUUACGACAUUUUUAUCAACUGCAGGUGGAUUAGCUUUUAUUGUUUCACUAUUUGGUGCAGGCGGUGCAGGUUUAACUGGGUAUAAAUAUAGUAGAAGAAUAGCAAAUAUAAAAAUAUUUGAGUUUCUUAUGUUAAAUGGAAAUAUAUCUAAAUCUUUAAGUGUAGCUGUAUGUGUCAGUGGUGAAAUUCAAACAGAUGAUGAUAUUACAUUACCUUGGAUAAAUGCAUUUCCAAGUCCCUAUUGUGAUUUAUAUGCAUUGAAAUGGGAAAACCAUUUAUUAAAAACAUUAGGAUCAUUAAUUGAAACAAUGUUAUCACAAGAAUUUGCAAUAACAGCUAGUAAAAUAUGGUUACAGUAUACAAUAGCUAGUACUUUGAGUGCUGCUUUAGCAUGGCCAUUAGCUUUAAUAAAAUAUGCAUCUAAUUUAGAUAAUGUUUAUUUAGUAAUAAGAGAAAGAGCACAACAAGCUGGGCGAAUAUUAGCAGAGGCACUUAGUGAUAGAAACACGGUUGGACAACGACCAGUUAUAUUAAUUGGAUAUUCCGUUGGAGCUCGAGUUAUAUUUUAUUGUUUAAAAUAUUUAUAUGCUAAAAAAUUAUACAACAUUGUAAGUAAUGCUAUUUUUAUAGGGCUACCUGCAACAACUAGUACAAGAAUAUGGAGCCAAAUUCGUAUGACUGUAACAAAUCGAGUAGUUAAUGUAUAUUCAAAAAAUGAUUGGUUAUUGGGAUUUUUAUAUAGAUAUAUGGAAUGGAAACUAAAUGUCGCAGGUUUAAUGCCUAUCAAUGAUCCUGGUAUUGAAAAUUACGAUGCAAGUGGGAUUAUACACAGCCAUUUAGAUUAUAAAAGAAAAUUGAAAGAUAUUUUUAGAUUGAUUAAUUUUGAUAUGUAA